CCGUCAGAUUUUUCUCUCCGUUUUCCUCUCCAAUUCUCUCUCCCCCUCUCCCAUCACCCCAAGGAAAAAAAAAAAAAAGCUUCUGGUCCAAUUUGUCUUCUUCCCGGUUCUCCUUCUCCGGCGAGAAUCUGAGUCUCGCCGACGCAGAGGCCGCCAUAGAUUCCGAUCGGCGGGUACGUGCUCCGGUGAAGAGGAGAGAGAAGAUGGUUUUCGUACUGAGGUUGAUAAAAAAAGAUUAGGAGGUCAGCUGCUGCAGGGGGAGAAGGAAGGAAGAGAAGGAUAAAAAAAAAAUGGAGGUUAACGUGCAAUGCAGGGAAAAGGGAAUCGAAGGUUAGGGCCAUUGGAGGAUCUUGCACGGCACAGAUUCCGAGAUGAUCCAUUGCUGAGUUUCUUCUUGCCUUAUGCCGUAAUUCAUUCUAUUCCCCCCAACCUCUGUUCUCCCUCCCUCCGUUUAAAUUCCAUCUUCACCCCUCCUCUCUCUCCUCCGUCUGGCUCUCCUCGUUCCACCUGACUUCGGAACACGAGUAGAGAGUGCUGCAGAGGUUAAGAUUCGAAUUAUCUAUUGAAGGUUUGGGCUUGUGACUUGUCUGAAAUCGAGAAGUACCAGGGUUUUGUUAGAUUCAAGGGUUUUAUCAUGCCAUCCCCAUUGAUAGACUUAAAGGGGUUCUCCUCACCAUCUCAAUUUUCUGAAGAUCCGUCCUUUCCUGGCGAGAGGCAGGUCGGAUUUUGGAAGUCGGAGACUAUGCCUGAUAAAAAUGGAACAGCUGGCGGAAAGUUUGCCUCAUCAACUAGAUCAAAUUCGAAACUUAUAUCUGCAGGAUCACCGAUUAUGACCUCUCUGCAUCAUCCCGAAGUUUUCAUGGUUCAGCAACAGAAAGUGAAUUUCACCGACAAAGCAGCUAAUGGGGCAUUGCCUUCAUUGAAAACCACAGGCCUCGACCAGGGAUUGGGAUAUAAUCUAAAUGCACCGACAACAGCAUACUUCACGGAAGGCAAUGGAAUUAACAUGAUGGGAAGUCGCUAUGAAAAUAGCUUAUUCUCCAGCUCUUUGUCCGAGUUGUUUAGCCGGAAGAUGAAAAUAACAUCAAACAAUGGCUUAUACGGGCAUUCUAUCGAUACUGUUGCCUCUCACUAUGAAGGAGAAGAACCACUCGAGUCCAUGGAUGAUAUCGAAGCUCAUAUGAUCGGAAACCUCCUCCCCAACGACGAUGAGCUCCUAUCCGGAGUGACUGAUGGGCUUGAGUUUUCCAUGCCGUCUAAAGGUGCUGAUGACAUGGAGGAAUUAGAUCUCUUUAAUAGUGUCGGAGGAAUGGAUUUGGAAGAGGAUGGCUCUUCUGAUGGACACAAGAAAUUUGAAUAUCUUGGAGAUGGUAAUGGUUCAAUGAACAGUGAGCACCCUUACGGUGAGCACCCUUCUAGAACGUUGUUUGUGAGAAAUAUAAAUAGCAACGUCGAGGAUUCUGAAUUACGGGCCCUUUUCGAGCAAUAUGGAGAUAUCCGUACACUUUAUACGGCGUGCAAGCAUCGCGGUUUUGUUAUGAUAUCCUAUUAUGACAUUAGAGCUGCUCGCACUGCUAUGAAGGCUCUGCAGAGCAAACCGCUGAGGCGAAGGAAACUUGACAUCCAUUACUCAAUUCCAAAGGACAACCCAACAGAGAAAGAUAUUAAUCAGGGCACACUUGUGGUCUUCAACCUCGACUCUUCCGUUUCAAAUGAAGAACUCCAUCACAUAUUUGGUGCUUAUGGAGAAAUCAAAGAGAUACGUGAGACCCCACAUAGAAAUAAUCACAAGUUUAUCGAAUUUUAUGAUGUUAGAGCUGCAGAAGCUGCUCUUCAUGAGUUGAACAGGAGCGAUAUUGCUGGGAAGCAAAUUAAACUUGAGCCAAGCCGUCCCGGAGGUGUAAGACGUUUUGCACCAAAUAAUCCUCUGGAGUCAGAACAAGAGGAGUUUGAUCUUUUUGUGCGUCAGAAUAGCCCUGCAAACAACUCGAAUGCUGGACUUUCUGGUCCUUUUCCUUCAGGGUCAGUCAAGCCUAGUAGUACUGAUGAUGGAACUAUCCUGGGCUUUCAAUCUUCAAUGCGUUCCUCAUUUCUCGAAAGUGCAUUCCAUCCUGGGGUUUCUUCGAGCGUCCCAAACAGCUUGCCAUCUCUGAUGAGAGCCGGGUCAGUUGGCAGUCAUCCUGGACUCGCUGAUUCAGGCCACUCAAUGGGCCAUUUAAAGUUUGACAUCAGACCAACACAGAAUAUUCAUCCUCAUUCACUACCCGACUAUCAUGAUGCUUUGGUGAAUGGCAUUCACUGCAGUUCUCCUAGUACCAUGGUGUCCACCAUUAAUUCUAGAUCUAUGGAGAGAAUUGAUAACAGGCAGUUGUGCAGAGUAGGUUCGAAUGGACGCACUUUGGAACUUAAAGAAGGUGUUUUUGGAUCUGCGGGGAAGGGGAGCUGCACUCUUCCUCGACAGUACCCAUGGGGCAAUCAUUCCUACCAACCUCAGCCUUCGAGCAUGAUGUGGCCCAACUCUCCAUCCUUUGUUAACGGAAUUCAUGCUGCCCAUCCCCCUUCCAGACUGCCUGGGAUUUCUGGGCCACCAUCCCAAAUGCUGAACCCAGUCAUGCCCAUGAAACCCCAUCACGUCGGGUCUGCACCGGCUGUGAACCAUGCCAUGUGGGAGCCCCUGCAUAGCUUUGCAGGAGAAUCCUCUGAGAGUUUGAGCUUUCACCAUCCGGUCUCUCUUGGGAACAUGCGGGUGCCAAACAACUCUAUGCCUUCAAUGGACUUUGUUCCCCACAACAUGUUCCCACAACUCGGGGGCAACUCUAUGGAUUUCCCUGUUGGCCCUAAGAAUGUAGGGUUCCAAGCUCAUCAUCAGAGGGGCAUGAUGUUUCCAGGAAGAGGCCAAAUGGUUCAACUCCCAAGUUCAUUCGAGGCUCCAAACGAGCGAAUGAGAAGCCGAAGAAAUGAAGGCACUUCUAAUCCAGUGGACAACAAGAAGCAGUAUGAGCUCGAUAUUGACCGCAUAAUGAGAGGAGAGGACAAUAGAACGACGCUAAUGAUCAAGAACAUUCCUAACAAGUACACUUCAAAAAUGCUGUUAGCUGCAAUUGAUGAACGCCACCGAGGAACUUAUGAUUUCAUAUACUUGCCAAUUGAUUUUAAGAACAAAUGCAAUGUUGGGUAUGCCUUCAUCAACAUGACUGAUCCAAGCCAAAUCAUCCCGUUCUAUAAGGCAUUCGAUGGGAAGAAAUGGGAGAAAUUCAACAGCGAGAAAGUGGCUUCCCUUGCAUAUGCUCGUAUACAAGGAAAGGCUGCCCUCAUCGCGCAUUUCCAGAACUCAAGCUUGAUGAAUGAAGAUAAACGAUGCCGUCCUAUUCUCUUCAACACAGAAGGUCCCAAUGCCGGGGAUCAGGUCCCUUUUCCAAUGGGGGUGAAUGUCCGAACUAGACCUGGGAAGUCACGGACUAGCAAUCCCGAGGACAACAGUCAAGGGAACCGAUCGAGUCUACUAAACGGGGAAGAUUCUUCUCAUGGACAUGGAGACACAUCUACAAGCUGUGGAAAGGAAUCAGACUGAGGAGUUUGCCUCGAGUUUUUAGCGGGGACCCAUUAACCAACCUUACAGAGAGUAACUUACCUUCACAUCCACCCCGAAACUCUUUUACCUGUAUUAGGGCGUGGGUAGUAAAUGGAUCUUCUCAACUUUGUGGGAGGCCUCUAAGAGUUAUAGAGAAGUAAGAAGCGCUUAGCAAAUGCCAAGCAAUUAGUGAGAUAUUCUCCGGGAUGACUAAGAACUGAUAAAGAUAAAGCGAAACUUUGUGGUUGCAGAGGAGCACUUGUCGGAGCUUCAAAAUUUUGGGUCGGUCUGCUAUUGAACUAUAGUAACAUUUGAUCAUGGUGGUCUUUUUUGUUUUUGGGAUGAUUUUAGUUGUCUGUAAUCUGUAGGUGUUGGAGCCCUCUGUAAUUGUUAAGGUGAGAAACAGAGAGAGCUUUGUUGAUUGAAAAUUUUGGGAUCUGAGCUUAAGAUUCUAAUGAAUGCUUCUUCCGCAAUAAUCCCUUUC